GUAAAUUCUUCCAUUUUCCAUCAGAAACAUCGAGAAACACAGGUCUGUGAAGAAACUCCCGAGUUUGUUUUGUUUUGAAAAUAUAUCUUUAUUUGCCUCUAAGUUACUCUCUCUGCCUGAGGCUGUAACAACAGUGAAAUGGUCGUCUCUGUCGGAGGCAAACUUCUGCUUUAUGUUCUUGUGUUUCUGCGAUGGAGUUGCAUGUUCAGUCUCUCCUUCUGAAACUCUGCAUUGUUGGGAGCAUGUGCAGACUUUCCACAGAAGUUCAUCUUGAGGUGAGAAACUAUUCGACAAGCACUAACGUGGAACAAAAUGGACUUUCGCAAGGCGGUCUCGCUGGACCCAGACCCUGGGAAGUGAGACCGAAGCCAGUCGUCAACGUUGUGGUCAUCACUCAAAGUCCGCUGCCAGGACAGUUACGAAGGCGAAAAGAUUUCAAGGCAGGAAUUUCAUCCUCAAAACAAACCACACCAAGCCCUUCAGAGGACUUCUUGGCACAAAAGAAGGAUGUCUCCGAGAAAACUGCAAAACCAUUGAUUGAAACUCCUGGUAGGUUGUUUUUAUUCUACAACUCGUCCAGUAACACCAGCCAGGUCCCCUUUGAUGACAACAGUCAGUCCGUCCACGGCCGUCGUGAAGAAAACGAACGUCCAAAACACUUUUACACCCAGGGUACCAAAUGUAGGGACAAGAAAUCUAACUGUUAAACCCCCGCACAAUGCAGUGACAACCAAAGGUUCAAACUUUUCUGAUGAAGUUGCCAGAAAAAUAUCUGACUUGGGUUCCACAGUCAAGUCCUCCACUGUUCUGAAGAAUUUCGGUUCUACCACCUUUACGCCUUUCUUACGGAUGUUUUCAACAAAAUCAAGAAUGGCUGAUGAUGGGAGCGAUCAAUCGUCCAACUUUCUUGACCAGCAUUCUAAAGAUAACAUUACAAAUGUCGUGAGCACGACAGCAAAGUUGGUUGAUGUCAUAAGCGAUAAAUCACCAGAAAGAGCUGAAGAUGACAAUAGGAGGAUUUUCUUGAAGAACGAAGUCGCGGCGGUAGCUGAAGAAAACUAUUCUAAACGAGUUAAAAAUCGCAAGGCCAGAGAGCUGCUGGUCAGCCAUCUGUCUACGUCGCAAAAGCGUCUGAACUCGGGGAAGAAAAACUCGGACAAGGUAAACCGUCAGCGAAAUCAAGGAGGUCAGGUGAAGGGCAGAGAACAACAGUAGGCUUUCCUCGGAUGUGACUCCUCCAGGAAAAGCAGCACCAACCCAAGACUUGGUCACGAUCGAGAACGAGGUCCCCCUACUCCCUCUUGACACCACACUCCUGCCACACGAUGACCUUUCAGGGCAACAGGAAGAAAACCACUUUGCGAGUUCCUUGCAGCAGAUGAUUCUGAUGGACUAUCAGGCCCCAAAAUCUAGGAAGACCUCGCUCCACUCUCCGGUCUGUCCACCUGGGAAGUUUGGGAGCGGGUGCUUGAAAACGUGCGGCCGCUGCGAGGGAGGGGUCGACAACUGCGAUCAGCAGUCCGGCCUGUGUCAUGCCGGGUGCGAGUUCGGGUGGAUGGGACCGCACUGCCUAACGCCUUGUAUGCUGGGCACCUGGGGAGACCGGUGCUACGGAUGCGGCCGGUGUGCUGGUGGUGACAGUCAGUGCAACCGCACUACUGGACACUGCCUGAAGGGCUGCGAGACCGGCUGGUACGGACUUCGCUGUAAGGACGAGUGCGGCCAUUGUCUGGACGGCCCUGGGGCCUGUCAUCCACUCACUGGCACAUGCCUGGGUGGCUGCAAACCCGGGUGGCAAGGCUCCUCCUGCCAUGCCCUGUGUCUGCACAAGACCUGGGGACCGAACUGUUCCAAAGUGUGCGGCCAGUGCCUGGAGGACAUUUGCAAUAGCACUGAUGGCCACUGUGCGAAAGGCUGCAACGCCGGGUGGAGGGACAUGUUCUGCACGACCCCCUGUAACGGCAACUCCUACGGCCCCAACUGCUCACUCACGUGCGGUAAGUGCCUCCGAGUCAAGGCUAAGAUCAAGGUCAGGGACGUCUUCAACAGCAACCACAACAACGGCGAUGCCUGUAACCGAGAGACAGGUGCGUGCCUGUACGGGUGUCAGCCAGGCUACACGGGUAUCAACUGUGAGUCACCGUGCGAGCCCGGGUGGUUUGGACUCAACUGCUCUCAGCGGUGUCCUCAGUGUCCGGAGGGACGGAGCUGCACGUGCGACCCUGUCACAGGCCAGUGCACGGGAAUGUCAUGCAAGGCGCCUCAGACGUGUGCGGGUGGGCGGUUCGGACCUCGCUGCGAGGAUGAGUGCGGCCAUUGUCGGCAGGGUAUCGAGGCUUGCCAUCCCGUCACUGGAGGGUGUCUGGGCGGGUGCCAACCCGGGUGGCAGGGAGCGACGUGUCACGAGCCGUGUCCGCAUCAACACUGGGGUGAAAACUGCUCACAGACGUGCGGCCAUUGUCUGGAGGAUUUCUGUAACGGAUCAGAUGGACGCUGCAUAAAAGGUUGCGCUGCCGGUUGGAGGGGCGUCCGCUGCGAAGUCAUCUGCAGCGACACCUACGACCGCAACUGUGCAGUGCCCUGCGGUAAGUGCAAAAAGGUCAGCAACGGGUCCCUCUGCGACCCUGAGACCGGCGAGUGCGCCCACGGGUGCGAGGCCGGGUACGUGGGCAAGCGGUGCCAAGAGACCUGCGAGCUGGGUACCUAUGGACAGGACUGCGCCCAGGUCUGCCCCCGGUGUCAGGAUGGUCACGUGUGCGCGUGCAGCUCGACGGACGGCCGCUGCCCCAACAAUGGCUGCCUCAGCGCUCAAGCCUCCGCCAUGACGAUGGGAACAGGCUCUGUAAUCGCCAGUUCCACGAUUGCAGCCAUUCUGGCCCUGACUGUUAUCGCCAUGGCAACGUGGGUCUAUGUUUUGCGGCGUAACUUAAAAUCACAACAGCACAUAGAACCCAUCACUGCCUCAACACGAACUUCAACCGCUGAAUCCGAACCACCUCAAGACGGUGCCCCUUAAAAUGUCAUACCCUGAAUACUGUUGUUUUCAAAUGUAUAAAGGUGUAAAGGGGACAGUUUGAGAGAACCCUACUUUUUAUUACGUAAAAACUUUGGGCGUCGAGUUUUUACCGAUAUUGUCGACAAACAAUCAUAGUUGUACAGUUAUGGAAGCCUUCUUCUACACUUUCAGUGCUGAAGGUAAGGGGAAGACAAACUGACCCCUGUUUCAAUAAUAAAACGAGAAAAGAGGA